CGCUGAUUGGAUGAGAUGGAAAGCGCGCUGCCGGGGGCGGUUUCGGUUUUCGGCGCGCGCGUCCGCGGAGGCCCGGCCUGUGAGCGUUCUGGAUCCGGCUGCGAGGAUUGUUAAACAUGAGCCUGCGGAAGCAAACCCCUAGUGACUUCUUAAAGCAGAUCAUCGGGCGGCCAGUUGUGGUGAAAUUAAAUUCUGGAGUGGAUUAUCGAGGGGUCCUGGCCUGCCUGGAUGGCUACAUGAAUAUAGCCCUGGAACAGACAGAGGAGUAUGUAAAUGGACAGCUGAAGAAUAAGUACGGAGAUGCGUUCAUCCGAGGAAACAAUGUGCUGUACAUAAGUACACAGAAGAGGCGGAUGUGAAGACACCCAGAGGCACUGCUCUUCAGAGAUGGAUAGAUGAAGUGGCUUUGGUUCUCUUAUGAUCUUAGUUGGCCCGUUUUCAUGAUGGUUGGUGGGGUUUGUUUUGCUUUUUUAAUUGACAUUGGAAUAAAAUAGAGGUAUUACAUUUCAGAUUGAUCUUAAGUUUUUCACAUUUAUGUCUCAUUCUUUAUCAUUUCUGCCCAUACAGAAUGCUAAAAUUAAAACAGUUUGUUUCUCCAGGAUUAUUUUAUCUAAGGUUCCUGCAGUAUCACUCCAUUGGUUGAUCAUGUAUUCAGCUGACUAAGGGGUACAUCCCUGAACCUGUGACCAAGCAUUCUGGAGGCAUCCUUUGUCUCUUUCUCUACUCGCCAGCCAUACCAUUUAAAGCAGGUAGAUGAGCCUUGGGCUGUAAAGGGACAAGGGGUCAGAAAAUCAGCUGUUGAUUUAGUCACCUAGUGGUGGUAUCUCCACAAAAGAGUGCAACUGUAGAUUCAGGAACUGGAAAGGUCAGCCACAUCAGGUGAGACACUGCCUGGAAUCCUCCUGUGCAGUUAGACUCUUCAUGUUAACUUGCUCCCUGUUGAGAGUGGUGCAGUGGCUGGUUUCUCCAGUCAGGGAGGAGCUCUGUUGUUCCUGAGAAACUGGCUGUGGUUGAGAUGGUCCAAGACCUGAGUGCCCAGACUCAGUCUCCAGGCACUGAGCUUCAGCUGGGAGAGAGUUUCUCCUGCUUUUUGCUUGAGCAAGUGGCCUUGGGGAAAGGGUUAUAUUCUUGCAAAAUGUCACUUGGCCUUCAGGUCAUGUGACUCCCGCUGAGUGGGCUUGUGCUGUCUGUAGACUGUUUGCGUGCUUUGGUUGCAUGGACGCUAGGGCUUUCCUUAUCCCUCCUUCAAUCUAAACAGGAUCCCUGUUUCAGGAGGUGCACAGUUUUGGAGCAGUUGCCUGGCUGAAGGAAGUGGGGGCAGAUGAGAAGCUAAGGAGGGAGGGUGUGCUUUCUGGAGAGGUGUAUAUAUGACAUUUGUCUCAUUUAAAUAGUAAUCAGAAACAAUUAAUAACUCAGGAAUGAGGAGUAAGGUUUGAUGGUGUGCACACUGAAAAUAAAACACUUUAUCCUAAGCUUCAGUAAUUCAUCACUUCCUGACAGGGGCUUGAAAAGGAACCAGUGUGUAAGCACAAAUCACCAAUUUGCUCUUUUAUAAAUGGCUUCUUCAAAGGAGAAAACGGAUGUCUCUCGGAGAGAAGCACACAUGUUCUCAUUUGUUUUUUAGAGAGUGUGAGGCUGCCAGGUUACUGUAUCCCUUCAUUCGCUCCCUCAGCUGCCCUGAAAGCAGUUCUGCUGUUAUCUCCCACCAGUCCGUAACAUCCCAGCUCUGCUCAUUUCUCCCCUGACCUCCCCUCCAGCAUGCAGGUCUUUAUUUCCCUCUUGCCAUUUCUAGCUUAAUAGCUCUACUGCAGAAUAUUGUUUUCAUCCGUGGAACCGCUUUUAAUCAAGAUGGACUUUGGGAAAUGCUACCAUUUUUAUGGUAAUAAAGAACCAUAUUAUGCAUCUGGAGCAGCACGUGUUGUCCCCUGUGCAUACCUUCUUGUGAUAGAAUUCUGAAACAAAUUGUAAGUGGUAAAAUUACUUUUUCUUAACUGUA